CCUCGACAAACCAGGAGAUUAUUGGCAAAUAGAUUAGGUGGAACUCCCCAGAACUCGAGGAUUCAGAUAUCUAUUAGUUGGGGUAGAUACCUUUUCAGGAUGGCCGGAAGCUUUCCCUGUCGCACCAACCAGGCACAAGUAACUGUAAAAUGGUUACUAAGGGAAAUGAUCUGAUAGGGGACCACACUUUGUUGCUCAAGUGGUAACACAGUUUGGCAAUUAAAUGGGAAUUACAUACCCCAUGCAUGGAGACCCCAGUCUAGUGGACAGGUGAAGAGAAAGGAAGAAAGAAAAAAAAAAAUAAAAUCAAACCUAAAAAGGCAACUUAGCAAGAUUUGUCAGGAACCAAAAAUUCAAUAACGCUGAAGCCAUUGCGUAUUAGGAUUAAACCUAGGAGCGGAAUGUUAGUAAGCCCAUAUGAAAUUUUGUAUGGCAAACCAUAUGAAGCACCUGAUCCAAAUCCAAGUGUGUUUGUAAAGGGUAAUCAGAAUUUAUACAAUUACAUGUUUCAUUUGCUAACAGCGGGACAGCAGCGGGUGAACCCCAGCCUGGCCCACUCCGCCGCCAGAGGGAACAGUGCAGCGCUGCGUGGGGACCAGCCCUGCCCGGCCAUGAUGCUGCCCGCGGCCGGUCCCAGCCCUGGGCAGACCUGCGGGGCCAUGCUGGUCGCCACCGUGUUCCUGCAGUCUGUCUGCGUGGCCGUCACCUUCCUCUACCUCACCAACGAGCUCAAACAGCUCCGGGACACAUACUCCAAGAGCAGCAUCGCUUGUCUCACUAGGGAGGAAAUGGGAAAUUUCAUCCAAAAUUUGGAUCUAAUUGAAAGUCAAGACAGAGCGACUGACCCCUGCUGGCAAGUAAAGUGGCACCUGGGAAAGGUAAUUUAAAGGAUGUCGAAAAGCUACGAGGAAAACAUAUCUGCAGUCAACACUGACAGAGUGCUGACGCUGUCACAGACCGAUGGGCAGCAGCCGUAUGGUCCCAUCAACAGGAUUGUGGCACAUCUGAUGGGUAACAGCAACAGGAAGAAUUCCCUGUCCCCAUGUAUAGAUUCCUCACCCAAGAGAGGGAAUGAAGAAAGAAAAAAAAAACAAAAACAAACAAAACAAGCAAACAAAAACAAAAAACCCAAACAAAAACAAAAAACCAAAAAAAAAAAAACAAAAAAAAAAACAAACAAAAAAACAAACAAAAAAACAAACAAACAAAAACAACAAAAAAACCCAAAACAAAACAAAACAAAAAAAACACACAAAAAAAACUGGGAAUCAUCAAGAAAAGGCCACUCUUUCCUUUACAAUGUGGAACAGAGAAAUGGUGAAUUAGUGAUACCCCAGACAGGCUUUUAUUACAUCUACUCACAAAUUUAUUUUCGUUUCUGUGAAAACGAGAACGAGGAUUCAGAUUUGUUAGCACAAGUCAGGAACCCCAAACAGCUCGUCCAAUAUGUUUACAAACUGACUAAUUACCCAGAGCCCAUUUUGCUCAUGAAAAGUGCAAGAACAAGCUGCUGGUCUAAAAAGGCAGAAUAUGGACUUUACUCCAUCUACCAAGGUGGUGUGUUUCAGCUGAAAAGAGAGGACAUUUUCGUCUCCAUCAGUAGUGGUGACAUAGUUGACAUGGACAAAGAAGCAGGUUUUUUUGGAGCCUUUAUGAUUGCUUAA